AUGGCGACACAUAUCAAGCCACUCAUCCUGCACGCCCACGCCACCGGCCCGAACCCAGUCAAGAUUGCCAUGGCGCUCGAGGCGCUCCACAUCCCAUACGAAGCAAAGCAGUGGGAGUUCGGCGACGAUCCCAAGAAGGGCGUGAAGGGCGCAGAGUACCUCAAAAUCAACGAGAACGGGCGCGCUCCUGCCAUCCAAGAUCCCAACACCGGUGUCGUCGCGUGGGAAUCCGGAGCAUGCAUGAACUACAUCCGCCGUGUGUAUGAUAAAGGUAACACAAUCGGUCCAUCGGGCGACUCGGCGCAAGAUCUGGUGGAUUUUGAAAAGUGGGAGUAUUUCUUGUUGUCGACGCUUGGUCCUAUGACCGGACAGACAAAUUGGUUUAGGCACUUUCACCCACAGAAGAAUGACGAUGCGUUGCAGCGAUACACAGCGCAGAGCUAUCGCUGCUACGAUGUUCUCGAGGGACAGUUGAAGAAGACUCGUGGUGAGAGCAUUUUACCCAGUCGUGUCACUGCGGUUGAUUAUCAUUUUGAGGCUUGGGUGCGUUUGUACUCUUUUGCUGGCCUUUCGCUUGACAACUAUCCUUUGAUCAAGAAGUGGCUUGGACUCAUGGCGGCUCGGGAAGAAGUCCAGGAAGCGUACAUCAAGAUUCAAGGUAAAAAGUGA